CUGCAUGUAUGUCAAAGCUUUUCUGUUUGCUCAAUAAAAGAGGUUGGUUCUUCUACAGGGUUGUGAGGACUAAGUAUUUGGAAAUCAAAAAAUUUUUUUAUUUAACUAUGUAACGUCUCACAUAGGGAGCUUAAAUAACAUAGUCGAGACUUAAAAUACACGCAAUUUAAUAACACCAGCGGCUAGUAGACAAAAGAAUACAAUUUUCAUUACGGUCGUGAUAACGAUUUUUCAAAAGGCAAAUCAUGAAUCCGUGUUGCUAUAUCUUUUGACCUGAAGCGACAACUAAGCCUAUUUUAACAGCAUACAAAGCCUUAUCUUUAGUUAGCUGCUUUACUUCAGGAGUUGGAUUAGCACUAGACCUUUGACACUUAGCUUCAUCAACCCAUAUUUUAAUUUGAAAUCCAUCAGAAACAACAACAUUUUUAAGACCUGCUUUUUCAAGUAGUUCGGCAUAUUGUCGCCUAGUAAACCCGUUUGGAUGACUGAUACCAUGGCUUGCAUGAAAAUCCGCUGACAUAUUUUCGUGAAAACUUCCAGCACCCUUCAGAAAAUCAGUUACGUAAAGACGGCCUGAAGGUUUCAAACAAUCUUUUAGCUUCUUAGUGAUGGAUUCGACGUCUUGUAUAUGAUGGUACGCCAUAGAACAAACAGCAGCAUCAUACUUUCCAGCAAUUUGAUCGUUGGGUUCUGUCCCUAAUCUCAGAUCUACGUUUUCAGCAUGAGCCUUUUCCUUGGCAUUUAAGAUCUGAAACUUAUGAUUAAACUUAUCGACCAUUGCUGGAGAAAUAUCGAGGCCAAGAAUGCUAUCACAGUAAGGUGCCAAAUGUUCACUAAUCAAGCCGGUUCCGCAUGCAAAAUCAAGCAAACGAAUGGAUUUAGAUUCCCAAAAUUUAUCAACAUGAGUAAAUUGUUCGUUAAUAUCUACUGAAUCUUGAGUGAAUUGUUCAUAAGAGGAGGCUUGAUCCAAAUCAACAACCGAGUCUGAUGAUUGUAGUGAGAGUUGCAAAAUCUUUUGGCUUAUAAUUUUUGUCACCGCCAAUGUAGUGGGGUUGUCAUACUCAUGGGCCUUUUCGGCGUUAAAGUAAUUUACAUUUGAGUCAGUACUAUUUGACAUCUUCAGGACCUGAAACGGGGUGCGAUUGGAAAGCUUGGUAUACAAAGAAAUAAACAAAUAUUAGUAUAAUUGCGUCUAAAAAGAACGAGACUAUAGCUUAAUGCCUUUUUUUUUAAAAAAAAAAGGUUUGGUUAUUGCUAAGUAUAUAAAUAUUUAACGGUAUUUUAUAUAAUUCCCAACGCACCUAUCGAUCAAAGAAUGUUAUCUGAUACCUUACUACCACUUCGCUGUAAUAAUUAUUUUCAAGACAAGAGAAAUCAGAAGGCCUCUUUGAACUUUUCUCAUAAUUCUUUUUGUGUCUCAGGCGAAAAGUGUUAAUAUUACAUACAGCUACUCGUGUAUGCAAAGGUUUGAUUACUGAAUAUAUAUCUGAAAAAUGUGAAUUUCUUUAUGGAAUGUCCGUUUGUAAACCAUUGAAUGCUACAAAUAAGUCAUUCUUUUAUACCCAACUCAUGUACUAUAUUUAGUAUAUUUCAAGGAACGGAAAGCAUAAUUGACGUCGUUUACAUUUGAUCUAUAACUCAUCUACGACCGUAGCCCUUGACUUGAAGUUUUACAAAAUGAAGGUAACAAAGGUAAACCUUAAGCAUUAUGACAUGAAAUAAAAGCGGCUAUUACGCAAACUCCUCGAUGAAACGUGUUUCAGAAUUGAAUUUACCCAGGGCCGACCAGAUCAAGCUCAUAGUAUGCGAUGUUGACGGCACAUUGUUAGACGGAAACCAUGUAUUUCAUGAACGAAAUCAUAGAGCGUUAGCAUACUUACGAAAGCAGAAGCCUGAGUUACCAAUUGUACUAGCGACAGGCCGACAGCGUUCAUCAGUUAUUCAUAUCCGAGAACCAUUGGAAUUGGAUGCAUUUCCAUCUAUCCACCUGAAUGGUUGCGUGGUUUACAACAAGGGUGAAGUCUUUUCUCACGUAGGACUUUCGAAAGAAUUGGUACACUCCAUGUUUACAAAUGUCUUGGAAGAUGAUACCACGGCCAUAUUGGCUUAUGAUCACAAUAAAGUAUACCCAUUAAAGAAUGACUCCAAGAGUGAUAGUAUUCGGUUUCUUAAGGAAGUUGGUGAAGUUGUUUCAUUAGAGACCCCAAGUAAAACUACGUUGGAACGAGUUCUUUCCGACGAGCUACCAGUAACGAAAUUGGUAAUUUACGAAAGGAAUCUUAAGCGUUUGGAUGAAAUUAAGGUAUCUCUACUGAAGAAUGAUCAGAAAGAAUACACUAUUACUCAAAGCUUUCCCUUUGCACUUGAGAUUAUUCCUUCUUCAGCGAAUAAGGCAACUGGGUUGACAAACAUCUUAACAAAAAUAUAUCCUCACAUACAUUUUGAUGAAGUUCUAAGUUUUGGAGAUGGUGAGAACGAUGUUUGCAUGUUUGAGACUACAGGACACUCCGUCGGUAUUUGCAACGGUAUGCCUGCUGCCAUUCAAGCAGCAAAAUACAUUUCUUGUUCCCCAAACUAUGAAGGUGCAGUUGGUGAAAUACUAGAGCAUAUAUACGAGAUUCCUCCAUAUCACUGAACCCAGCCAUUUCUAUGUUAUGAAAGCAAAUUUCGCUGAAGUUAAAUGUCGAUUCUCUACUUCUAAGAGUAUAAGUCAUUCCAUGAUGGAAAAAAUAAAAAUAGUUUCAAAUUUAUGAGAUGUUUCAUAUAGCAAGUUCACGUUCUCUCUGCUCGAUAUAUUGGUACAUCUCAUGUAGGCCAAAGCAGAAACUUGCAACUAGACUACUUUCAAAACUUUUAAAUAAUCUCGGCCUAAAAUACAAAAAAGAAUAUAGAAAAUAUCAUUCAUUAACGUUAGAAUUAACUAAAUCCGGAGAUAAAUAAAACAGAUUUAACUUUUAA